GAUUUUGUCACGGCUUUCUUGUGAUGUCUGAUUAAAAAUGACAAGCGAAACAUCGGAGUUUGUCAGUGUCGUAAUUCCAAGACAGACUGAUUUGAAGUUUCUCUUGGUCAACGCAGACGACCGUGGAUUAUGGUUUCCAACAAAGCAGAAGACAGAAGAUGAAAAGUUAAUACAUGUCGCCAUAAACUUGGUGGAAGAGGUCACAGGCCAGAAUCAUGGAAUAAAGAACUUACUAACGACACACAUUACCAGACUGCCCAGGCAACCACCAAUCAUGCAUUUUGUGUUUCUGGCUUUUCCUGUUUCACCCUCUGAAGACGUGAGUCAGUUUACUGAUGUUAACAUGAAUGGCACAUGGCUUUCAGAACAGGAAAUGAAGGAUGAACUGCUGCCUCAAGCCACGAAAGGCAUGCUGGGAAAUGAACCUAUCACGAUUGCAUGGCAUCUGCAAGAUGGAAAUGCAAGUCUUCCUGCAUUUGAUGAGACUGUUAUUGAAUAUUUGGAUGGCACCUCAGAGACAACUGCACAAGAUGCUUUGAUCAAAUCAUCAAAGCUAGGGAAAAAAGAACAAGAUCUCCUUUUUGUGGAAUUCUACACCAUGUGUUUUCCCAGUACAUUGAUGAAUAAGCAUGUCUUUUCUACAUAUAUGGCAGCCAAGGGAUUCCAAGGUUCUAACGAAGCCCUGUACAGAUCCUUUGAUGUACAUAAACGAAGACUGCUUACUUUCAGUGAUGUUCUGUUGGGUCUUGCUGCUAUGGAGCCGUGCACACAACAUGGUGGUGUGCCUGCGGAAUCCCGGUGUCGAUACAUAUUCCGCUAUUACGAUACUAAUGGUACUGGAUUUCUGCAAUUUGAGGAAUUUAAACAAUUGGUUACAGAUGUACGGAAGUUGAAAGGGUUGGCAGUGGAUGAUGCUUCAGUCACCGAGGAUGCUACAACUAGUAUAAAGUUGUUUGGCAUUACCAGCACAGACCGCCUACCACUGGCAGAGUUUCUUAUAGCUGUCGGUCAGCUCAAAUUCCGAGGGACGUCCGUCUUGUUGAGGCUGCCCAGGUCGUGUCUGUCCAAUGUGAAGAAUGCAAUAAUGACUGGUGCUGAGACUGAUGGGGAGGAACCACCCAACAAGAAGAGUCGACCAAAGCUUAUUGAGUCAAAAAAGAAAUCUAACAAUGUGGAAGAUUCUGUGUUCAAACACCCAGAAGGUUUGCCUCUCCAGGCAGUGAAGCACAACACAACCGCCUCCCCCAAAUAUGAGCUAGCCACACAUACAGUCAAAGUGAGACGGACAGGAACACUCGCCGAUGUGAUGGCACUGUGGGAGCUACAAGGAACUAAUGCUGUCAGUGGAAGUGCUAUGCAUCACCUAGAAGGAGAAAUAUCCAGAUUUCACCGAAUGCCAUCCAUAGAUUCUUUUAACCAAAGAUCUCAUCCAAAUGAAAUGUUAACUGGCCUGAGAUAUUUUGAGAGAGCUCUCAAGAAAGAUAAUGCUGGAGCACCGAAGGAAUCAUUUAGUUGGGGCCAGGUUGACAUUAAUGCAUUAGCGAAGUGUUUGUUGACUCUCUGUCAGUUUGCUAAAGAAGCUUUACGUCAGGAACCUCGUCUCCUCAAACUGAAGUCUCCAGUCUACAUUUUAGGUGACAUCCAUGGGAACUUUGAAGACCUGGUUUGUUUUGAAAAGGCUCUGUGGCGGAUGGGACCACUACUAACACCUGCAUCUUUUCUCUUCCUCGGCGACUAUGUGGACAGGGGUCAGUUUGGCAUUGAAGUUGUCUCGUAUCUACUAGCACAAAAACUGUUAUCACCAACCAAAUUCUUUCUUCUCCGUGGAAAUCAUGAGCUAAGAAGUGUACAAGAAAUGUUCCAUUUUAAAGCUCAGUGUGUGAAACAGUUUGGUGACACGACUGGUUUGCAGGUGUGGGAAGCAAUUAACGACUGCUUUGAUGUGAUGCCCAUUGCUGCAACUAUUGAUGACAGGGUAUUUUGUGUACACGGCGGUAUUCCAAGUCCUAUGCACGGCGAUGGAACAAUAGAGGAAAUCAACAACGUACCAACGCCAUUACCUGACCCAGAGGUCCAGAGUCCCCUGGCAUGGGAGAUUCUCUGGAGUGAUCCUAUCAGCUUAGAAAUCAUGACACCAGAAAUAAUUACUGAUCUUAAAGCAAACCAUGGUUUUGUUCACAACACAAGACGCGGCACGGCCAAUUUCUUCAGCUGUGAUGCGUUGUUUUCCUUCCUGGAGGAGAAUGGUUUGUCUCAUGUCAUCAGAGCACAUGAAGUCCAAGAGGCUGGUUUCCAGGUCCAACAAGAGGGCAAAUUGUUAACAGUAUUCUCAUCUUCCAAAUAUUGUGGUGGCUCCAACGAAGCUGCUUGUGUCCUUGCCGACAACUUCAAACUUCGAAUGAUACGGAUUGAUACAACUUGAUGCCACAUGUAGUAAAGGUCGUUCCAUACAGAUUGAUACUGUACAUGAACACUGUUCGGCCCUCAAAAUUCUGAUCAUCUUGUGAUGCCAACUUAGGACAAACAAUAACAAACUAUUUACCCAAUAAUUAUAAAAAUGCCAUCGCAGAUCAGUUUGCACAGCUUUUUGCGGCAACACUGCUGAUUGCGGUCACACAUUUUGAGAGCUGGUUGUUCAGUACAGCUUGAUACUUCAUGUGCAUGUGAAUCAAUUCAAGUUGAUGACAAGACUUUAGUAAGACUUGAUAACUGCAGCUGAAGGAUGCUCGAUCAAGUCUGAUGCUACAUGGUGUUACAGAUAAUUGGAAUAAUAUUUCUGUCACAAUAGAAUUGGAAGAUAUUUCAUACAGUAACGUUAUAGAAUCUGAAGGUUUUUCAUGUAUCUUGAUGCUGCUUGAGAUUUGAAGGUACAUUUAGUCUGAUGCUGCAUAGCUAUUGAAGGUAGUUCAAUUCAAGUUAUACUGCAUAGCUGUUGAAGGAGUUCGAUACAGCUGAUAGAUAGUUCUAUACAGUUCGAUACAGCUGAUAGGUAGUUCUAUACAGCUCGAUACAGCUUUAUGUUGCAUAUUAUUAGAUACAUGUAGUAGAAUGAUAUAUCUUCAUAACUACAUUGUAUUUGAAGAUUGCUUUAUACCACUUAAUACUACUUAGUUCUUGAAGAUUGUCAAAAAAUUUCUGAGUGGAAAUAGAUUACACAUUUGUUGAAAAAUCAGGUGUGAUGUUUGUCAGGUUUUAAGAGUGUUACAGCUCUGCUUUUUAAAUGGGUGGAAUUCCCUACAGAAUAUUUAAAAAAAAUUAUGGCCCGAGAAUUACAAGGUUCUAUCUGCAGUUUUUCCAAAAAUGAGUUCUUCAUCCUAUUUGAUAGAAAAUAAAAUUAUCUACAUAGUAAACAGUCCUAGAAUAUGGUAUUGUAAGACACAGUUGUUAUAUUGAAACUAUUGCAAAGACCUCUCUACGACUCGGAUAUGGCAGCUCAAAACUUCAAGUGGCGAUUUCUCAAAAUGAGGUUUUGUGCACAUAGCACCUUGUAAUUCUCCACCCAUGAAAUGUCUGUUCAGGUUGUCUAUUCAGUGGAAAAAGGAAACAUUUGAAUUAGAAAUUCAAUUAUUUUGGAACAAUAUAAAAUAAAGAAUUUCAUAAUGAAAUACUGUUUCUAUAAACCCACCAGCACAUAAAUCACACAAGAAUGACACAUGUGAAUUAUAUACCUUGGACAUGUAGAAGAAUUCUUCUGGGCACUGUUCCAUGAGGUCAUCUUAAGUGCUAAGAUUGCUUGCUGAAAUGGAGCUCUGAGCAUAUAUACCAUUUUUUAUUUUAUUUUACGUUCAUUAAUACUUUUGUUGCAUUUAUUAUUCAUAGUAUUAACCUGUUACCCCUAUUUGUCUCUAUCACAGUUUUUUUACGUUCAUUAAUACUUUUGUUGCAUUUAUUAUUCAUAGUAUUAACCUGUUGCCCCUAUUUGUCUCUAUCACAGUUAUUAACAGGCCCCAGGGCACAAAAUGUUUUGUAAGUUUGCUUAUCAGUUACACAACUCAAAAUUCAUGUGAACUGCCGAUCAGUAAAGUUUUAUCUGUUGCCUUCUGAAAUUAACAGCUGUAAACAUCAAGAUCUGAAGAAUGGUAUUAGCAGUAUGUAUAACAACAUGGACAUGUUUGUUCAGAGGAAUCAUGAAUUAAAGGUUUUUUUUCUUU